AUGCAUUCCUCCCUCAAUCGCCUACAGGCUGUCUUCGGCUUUUUUACUACUGUCGCACUGGUGGUAGCUGGAUUCGCCGCGCUCUCGGUGCUCCUAUUUCCCACCGACACAACAACAGCUUCGGUGCAGUUGAAGAAUGUCCAGGUCGUCAAAGGCCGACCACACUACUACUCCACCAAACGCGAAGAAUACGCCCAAAUCCGCUUCGACCUCGACGCAGACCUAACCCCCCUCUUCAACUGGAACACAAAACAACUCUUCGUCUACGUCUACGCCACAUACUCCUCCUCCGACAACACCAACACUCAAACCCGUGCCUCCGAAGCUAUAAUCUGGGACUCGAUUAUCCCGGCCUCGCCAUCCCCGUAUUCAUGGGAGAAUCUGGUUGAAAAAGCUACCGCUUUGCUACCUGAAUCCCUUACUUCUUCGAGUUCUUCGAAGGGCAAGGCGACUGCUGGAAAGCGCAACGCCAAGAAGACCAAAACCAACACUGCGUCUAAGAAUAAGAAGGUUGCGGAGCCCGUUACUCCCGGCGCUUUGCGUCUGCGAGGCCAAAAGGCCAAGUAUCAGAUUAGCGAUAUUACAGGGCGAUUGGCAGAGAGACAGAAUGUGACGUUGUCAGUGGGUUGGAAUGUGCAGCCGUGGGUUGGGGCGCUGUGGUGGGCUCCUAAGACCGGGGCGGUACCCAGGACGGAGGGGCAUAUUGUUAGUAGUGAGGUUUUUGAUUUCCCGGCUUUGAAGGGGAAGAAGGUUGAGGGGCAGGCGAGUGCGAGUGCGAGUGCGCAGUGA